AUGGAGGUCGAAAAUGGAGUUCUAACGCAUUACGUCAACAAGAGUGACCUCCCUCUAACCUCUAAGACUCUUCAAGAUCGAGUUCAACAGCGUUUAAAGGACAUUGAACGUCGUCAUCGUGGUGAGCCCGGCGUUGGUGGCGGUGGUGAGGGUAGUGAUGGUCAUUGGCGUGGACGCGGUGGAUUUCGUGGGACUGGUGAUCGUGGCUUCUAUCCACGUGGGCGCAGUAGUGGCCCUCGGGGUGUCCCUCGUGGCUCUUGGCGCGGUUCGUGGCGUGGCGAUGAUGGUGGUGAAUGGAGGGGUGGUCGUCGCGGUAAUUGGUAUGGAAAUCGUGAUCGCUAUGGUGGUGAUAGACGUGGUGGUGGUGUUGAUGGAGGCCCAGAUGACUUCCGCAAGCGUCCACGUCGCUACGAUCGCUCGCGAUCUCAUUCCGCCUCUAGAUCGCGUUCUAGGUCACCGGUGUCACGUUCGCGUCGGUCGAGGGACAGUCGAUCGAUGUCAAGGUCUCACUCCCGUUCGUACUCUCGCUCUAUUUCGCGUUCGCCCUCGCCGUUCCCUAAGAAGCCUAUUUCACGAGCACGCAUAAAGACACCACCGCUGGCUCCGCUGACGAACCGUCAGAGCGACUCGGAGGAACAGAUGGCAGAUGUGGAGCAAUUUGUAGCACAGUUGCAAGCCAAGCGCCAGUUGGAGGCCGAGCAGGCAGCAGCAGCAGCUGCUGCUGCUAACACUGCCUCGGAUCAACCGCUCAUUGGUCCCCAAAUCCCUGGCAGCGCCUCUGCAACGGAGUAG